AAACACUCGCUGGGUUAUGGAAUGUACACAAUGUACAGUAUUUCUCCAUCCCUGAUUGAGCUCGUCUCACUCUCUCUAGGUGUCCAUUGGAUUGAUCGUCUAGCUUUAUUUACCUGCACUCUCUUUGGGACAUUGGCCAAUGGGGCAUUAAAUUCCCGCCGCCUCUGGAUGCUGAUCGCGUUGUUCACAGUCCCGCCGUGGCCGUCCGUGAGCGCUCAGUCCGAGUCGAGCCCGAUCCCGAGGAGCGUCAUGGCGGAAGCCGGACAAACCAACGUGUGGGGCCAAGCCUUGGCGCCCUGCUCAUUCAACCCCAAGACCGGUUGGUAUCGCGAUGGAUUUUGCCGCACCGACUCUCGCGAUCACGGGGUCCACACCGUGUGCGCGGCCAUGACCCAAGAGUUUCUGGAUUUUACGCGCACUCAAGGCAAUGAUCUGUCUACGGCUCAUCCGCCGCAUUUUCCCGGCCUCAAGCCGGGCGAUAGGUGGUGCUUGUGCUCGUCACGUUGGGACGAAGCCCGGCGAGCCGGCGUCCCACCCCAGGUCGUACUUGAGGCUACCAAUCAAGUCACCUUGGCACGGGGCGUGGCCAUGGAACACCUGCAAAAUCACGAGGCCCCACCGCACCCGCCUAAUCCGGGCCGGCCUCCGCCGAAUACGGCCUUACCCGGCCAGGUGACCGAGCCCAGCUCGGAUCAAUGUCCGGUGGUUCCUAAACAAUGACAGGCGACCUCAUCUGACCAAUAAAUACACACGUCAAAGGCA